AUGAAAUGGGGGCGCGGCACGUGCGGAAUGCGUUUUUCCGAUACUCCAAAUGACGCCAUUGUCCGACGAGCACCCUUGGCGCUGAGAUGGGCUGUCUCCCCUUCAAAAACUUUAUUUUUUUAAUUUUUUUAAGUGUAAUAUAGUCUUGUUUUUUUCGAUUAUUAUGUAAAUAAUGAUGACCAAGAGUUGAAUAGGGAUCAAGCUGAUUGAUUUUAAAGCAAGAACUUGAUAUAACUUCUAGAUAUUUCCGGUUUUAGGCCGCACUAAAAAUAAAAAUACUUUUUAUCGGUUUUAAGCGUUCUUUUAAGUUGUUCUAAUUGUAUUUACCUAUUAUUCUAAUUUUUGUCUUGAUUCUUUUAAUAUUUUUUACAUAUAAAUCGCAGGAAAUAGGGUUUUGUCACCAGAAACAGAAUUCUAUUACAAAGUUUGUUUCAAAAACUUUUUAACUGUCAAAUUUCCUAGGACAAUCACUUUUAUCUCCCUAAAUCAAUAAUCUAAAAAAAAAUUUGAAAGCGUCUCCCGAAAGUGAAUAAUGCAUUUUGUACUUUAUAUCAUCGCGAACUUACUUUGCACUUUGCCCGCUCACGUUUGCUGAUUGCUUCCUGUUUACUCCACUAAUUUUGCACUUCUUAAUGUUUUUGAAUUUUGAAAUGGCGAGAAAUUAUCGUUCACAUUUUUUUUUUCAAAAUUUUCAAUCAAUGAAAUAUUUUAAUUUUCGUUCAGUAUGAACCGUGCGGUAGCUUCUCGUUUCUUGGCCAUCCGAAGGGCUUUCCAGAAGCGAAAAUGGAUCUGGCGGACACCAUGAGGUAUAUUUAUUUUAUUAAUUUAUUAAUUAUUUCAUUUUUUUGAAGUUCGUUUUAUCAUUGGAAUGAAAAAUGCCCUUUUCUGACAUUAUGACUCAUGACUCAUCAAGAAAAGUUGGCUUCGUCAUUGUUUGGAAGGAAUUUUGCUUAUCAUUAUGCACUUUAAAAGGUCAAAAAAUGGUUCCGUAGUAUUCGAAUAGAAAAUUGAUUUUCUUUCAAAUACAAAUAAAGGGAAGAAAAAAACAAAGGUUUUUUGGUUAUCAAGUUAAUUUUGUCAGACUUCAUUUUUCAAAAAGCUUUCAAACUUCAUAGAAAGGUUCUCUUUGCUUUAACAAACUUUAAACCCUUUGUUAGCGAAAUAUCUGCUUUAAUUUUGAUUUUCAAUAAGUUUCGUCCAUAUAAAGGUUUAAAAAAAGCUGAUGAAUUUUUAAUUGAGAGAGGGCGUUUCUCGAGUGGUAUGACGUAUUAGGGUUAAGGUUCUGAUUUCUUACAUUCAUUUUUUUUUAAUCGAGUAUCCCUUGAAAUGGUGAGGAAAGGGUGAAGGAAAGUUGAGGAUAAGUUAUGAAAAAAUUAAUUAUUAUGACCUUAAUUUUUUUUUUGCUGUUAGUUUUCAUCCCUAGAAGAUUUUCAAUAUAAUCAAAUUCGAACGAAUAUAUUCAUGUCUGAGGGAAAACCGUUUGUUUAUUAUUCAUUUCUCUGCGUCAAGCACUUUUUUUCACGCUUUUUCAGUUUUCAAAAAUGGAAUCCCAUCCAAAUUGAUGAAGUACUCAGUGGGAUAGUAUUUGAAAGUCAGAAUUUAUUCUCGGAGCAGAAAAAGUUUUAAAGUACUGGUUAACUAAAGGAAAUGCGUGAUAAUUUCAAAAAAGCAAAAAAUCGGAAAUUUUAGAGUGUUGAUUUAUCUCUUGAGGACAUUUUGGAAGAUAUAAAACAAAAAAUAACGUCUUUUUUGGCUUAUGCUGUUCAAAAAUGACCAAAAAAGAUCUUAUGGUGCCUUUGGUGUUUCUAUUGCUUUUUUCAACAAAGACGGAAGUCAAGGAAAAAGUUGAUUCAUUAAUUUUUCAUUAUUCAAAUGAAAAAAAUAAAUCAACAUGAUAUGUUUAAAACCUAUGGAAAGUUCUCUUUUCUGAUAGUUUUCCCACACUUUCAUGAAUUUAAUUUGAUUGAAAUUUGAUUUAAUAUCGUCUUGAAUCAACAGAAGUGGCUCCAAAAAAGAGCUCAUAUGUUUUUUUUUGACCAAAGCUCAUUUACGGUUCUUUGAUCCUUAACUCAAAAGCCUUUUGUCGUUUAUUCUAUAAAGCCUCUGAUCAAAAGUUUCUUACUAAAUGAAAUAUUGUGCCCUAAACGAAUGUUUCAGGUGGUAAACGUAGGACCGCCGACGACCUUCGACUACAUGCCGAUCCCGUUCCAGUCGUACCAGAAGGUGCACGGAGAGCUCCAGGCCAAGUUCAACAUGUACCUGGCCGUCUCGGCGGCUCUUUUUGCCUCGUCCUUCUUCCUGGCCAUCUACACCGACGUCUUCUGUCUGGAAGCCCUCCGUCCGCCACAGAGCUACCGUAACCGCAAAUAA